CAACUAUAGUGGAUGGUGUUUAUUUUGGUGAUUUUUUUCAAAUAAAUGGUGAAAUCUGGUGGUAGAGGACCUGCAUCUAGAAUUCUCCCUGUUUUAUAGAGAAAAUCUAAUUUCAACGAUUUAAAACUAGAGGAGAGUUUUUAGUGAUUCACUGUGACCAAUCUGACAAUGUGGUUUGGAAAUAGUUCGAAAACUUUAGGCUCUCGUGUCAGGUAAGGUAUGGUGUUUUAUGGUGUUUUCAGGUGGCCAUUCUGCGACUUUUGAAGUCUGAGUUGGCAACUCUGGACUGUGGUUUCCAUGUUCUUUCUCUUUUCAUGGCUUUGUGGAACGCGUCGUUGGACUCCAUUUUACAUUUGACUGAAAAAAAUAUUUUAAGUUGUGUGUUUAUAUAUUCGUUGAUGUUUUAAAAAAAUGAGUGAUUAUUCUGCGGUAGCUCCGCCACCACAAAAUUUUAACCAGUCUUCAGCAUUUGCUGCAGCCCUGCAACGCGCCAAACAGAUUGCGGCGAAAAUCAACCCAGGAUCCAAUCCAGGUGACAGCCGGCCGAAAAGACCACUGGAAGACGGUUUCGAUUCCGAGCCGGAUGCGAAGAAAGGUCCUGGAUCAAUUGGACCCCCGAGCAACCAAGGACCUCCGCCACUCGGCAGGCCCCCACAGAAUCCGGGAAUGGGUGGGAUGAAUGAAGACAUGAAGAUACCUGACAAAAUGGUGGGGCUAAUAAUUGGUCGUGGCGGGGAGCAGAUCCAACGGUUGCAGACCGACACCGGCUGCAAGAUCCAAUUGGCGCCCGACUCGAUGGGCAUGCCGGACCGCAUCUGCACGCUGUCGGGCAGCCGGGAGGCCAUCGACAGGGCCAAAGAGAUCAUCUCGAACAUCAUCAGACAGCGGGGGGCGGGCGAGGACGGGCCGCCCGAUAUGGGGGGGCCGCCCAUCGGCCAUUUCGCAGGGAACAUGGGUGGCCCUGGUGGCGGUGGCGGAGGCGGCGGCGGUCGCAACACCCUCGAGAUCAUGAUACCCGGCCCCAAGGUGGGGCUGAUCAUCGGCAAGGGCGGCGAGACGAUCAAGCAGCUGCAGGAGAAGAGCGGCGCCAAGAUGGUGGUCAUACAGGACGGGCCCAAUCAGGAACACGAGAAGCCUUUGAUGAUCAGCGGGGAUCCGCAGAAGGUGGAGUUUGCCAAGCAGUUGGUGUACGAUCUGAUCGCCGAAAAAGAGAUGAAGAACUUUGGUCGCGGUGGCGGCGGAGGCAGGGGCGGUAGAAACGACGGUAGGGGCGGCAUGGAUGGAUUCAACGAUUUCGGUGGGGGUGGAGAUUCCAUGGAGGUUUUGGUUCCUAGACCGGCUGUCGGUGUGGUGAUAGGUAAAGGGGGGGAUAUGAUAAAGAAAAUUCAGGCAGAAACUGGUGCCAAAGUCCAGUUCCAGCAGGCUAGAGAUGAAGGUCCUGGAGAUCGGCGGUGUUAUUUGUCUGGAAAUCCUAAGGCCGUUGAAAUGAUAUCGGCACCGAAAGCCAGCUAUACGCGUUUAUUGCCAAUAGGAGCACUUCCGAAGGCCACUGAUCCUCUAUCUUCCAGAAUUCCCGAUUUCCACCAUGGAUUCUUUCAUUACGACCUCGAAUUAGCCCGCCAAAGGAUCGACGAGCUGAUCGACAGCGUCCUGCAGCGCGACGGCGACGGCGGCGGCGGAGGUCGUGGGGGCGGACGAGGGGGGCACGGGGGCGGCCGAGGCAGAGGCGGCCACCACGGCGGCGGCGAUCGCUUCGACCGGGGCAACCGCAACGGGGGUGGCGGGGACUUUGGCGGCGGCGGCGGGCAGUGGGAGGACAGGCGGGGCGGCGGGCACGGCGGGGGCGGCCACCAGGACGUGGUGUCGUUCACGGUGCCGGCGGGCAAGUGCGGGGUGAUCAUCGGGAGGGGCGGCGAAACCAUCAAACAAAUCAACCAGCAAUCGGGCGCCUACUGCGAACUGGACAGGAGGCAGAACACCAAUCCGAACGCGGCCGAGAAAAUCUUCACGAUCAAGGGAGAUCCCGAUCAGAUCGAGACGGCGAAGCGGAUCGUCAGCGAUAAGGUGCAAUUGCCGCUGAAUUUCGUGCAGAUGAGCGGCGGCGGCGGCGGUGGACCGCAAAUGUCCAACAACAUGCCAACUGCGUAUCCGGGUAUGGCCCCGCAAGGCUACAACCCGCAGAACAACUGGGGCGUGCCGCAGGGCGGCUACCAGCAGCAGCAGCAACAGUGGGGCGGGCAGCAGCAGCCCAACGACGGGUCGCAAGCGCCGCCCGGGCAGGUGCAAAUGAACCCUUCCACCGGCCAGCCGGACUACUCGAUGCAGUGGGCGGAGUAUUACAGAUCGCUGGGCAUGCACCGCGAGGCGGAGAUGAUCGAGCAGCAGGCCAAGUCGAAAACGGCCAAUCCGGCGGCGGCGGCGGCAAUGGGAGGCGGGGCGCCGCAGGGAGCUCCCCCGGCGGCUGCCGUAGCCGCUGCCGCCCCUACCGCCGCGGUGGCCGCCCAGCCGGACUACAGCUCGCAGUGGGCGGAAUAUUACAGGAGCAUCGGGAAGAUGAAGGAGGCCGAGGCGAUCGAGGCCCAGAUGAAGAAUAAGACUCCACAGACCGCAGCAACAGCUGCCGCACCACCAGGUGGCACCCCUGCAGGUUACCAGCAACCCCAACAGGCCUACGGUGGAUAUUCGGCACCUGCUUCAGGGUAUUAUGGCGGUCAAGGUCAAGCAGCGCCUGUUCCGGGCGGUGUUCCACAAGGAGGGUACGGCUUCCCGUCGUACGGUUAUGGACAGGGUGGUGCCGGUAACGGAGAUAACUGAAUAUUAUAACCAAGAAAAUUUUAAAUGUGGCUGAAAUUCUCGACUAUGACCACCUGGAGAAUGAUUUCUUAGUCAUUAAGAAUGUUUUAAUCGUCAUCUGUCCUAGUUGUAAGCACUUACACCACGGUACUCCUGAUUGUCCGGCGUUUAGAAAGCUACACUAAAAAGCAAAUCCACUUAUAAUAGAUUUACUAGAGAUUAAGGAUUUUUGUUUUUGUUCAUUGCAUUUUUCUUUAGACGAAAAGUGGCUCCAAUAAAAUUGAUUGAUCACAGUAUUCAUUAGGUUUUUACUGUUUACAUGUCCCACUGUAUAUGAUUUUUUUGCAAUUAUUUACGAAAUGCUUUGCGAGUAUAAUAAUGUAUAUGAGAGCUACGGUUUUUUUAUUGGAUUUUUCUAUCCCCUCCUAGUUUCUUUCAAUAUAUUUCUGAUAAUGUAGUUACGAGAUAUCGGUGUGUUAGCAUUAUUUGUAGGGGUGUAUAUUGGACUAGAGAGAUGGUAAGCCUCAAGUCUUCAAACUGGAAGUACGAAUUGCGAAGUCUGUUACUUUCUGCGAGCGUAUUUCUGGAGGAUAUUUUUUCUUGUUGGUUGUCUCAUUGUCACUAUCUCUUAAUGUAAUUUUUGUAAAGCGGUUCGACUGCUUGAAGGUGUAUAAAUAUUAAACAUGACAUAAUACUUCUGGCGUUUGUUGUUUUCUGUUUGCAGAUCCUCUUCACCUACUGGCAUGGUAUAUCCCAAAGGGUGCCGGGAUAAAUUGCGCGGUUUUUAUAUAUUUAUAUGUAUAUAUUGAACAUGAACAUUUCUUAUUUUUAUGCAGUCCAUGAUUGAUGAUAUAUUGAAUGAGGUCGCGAUAGAAAAUGAUACGUCAAGGCUUCUGAGCGGUUUGUUCUGAUCAUUGUCUGCUAAAUAUGGAGAGAAAAAAUCUAGUGAGCUGGAACUACUGGUCUUCCCUAUAGCUCAGUUGAGUGUAUGACCACUAGAGGAUGUUACCGUAUCGGACGAAAUGAUCUUCACUUUUUUGUAGAAAAUUUUCGAAAUUUGUGGUUCUGUAAGUUGUCAGUGUCAAGAGCUGUCGUGCUAUCGUGACUUGUUUUGAAUUUUUUUCCUAAAAUAUCAUUCUUUUUCAAUUUACAUUGUUCUAGUAUUCCUUUCGUUUAUAGAUAUAGUUUUGUGUUGUGCUCCCAGUGUUAUAAUGGUUUAUUCUGUUGAUAAUUUGUAACAAACUCUCCUCUUAUUGUGCCUACCAGAAAGAGUGAAACCGUCUUCGUUCAUGGAUUUCCGAGUGAUAUUCAUUUGCAACAUAAGUGGAUACAUUCUAUAUUGAGUGUUACAGGAUCAUUACGAGUAAGAAAAUCAGAGCCCUGAUCAAAAGCUAACAAUCGAUACUACUACUACUACUACUAUUACCGCCACCGCUGAGGGAAACUCAACUCGUUUACGAUUUCCAAGGUUAUGUAGGUUUGACAGGAAAACAAUUGAAAUAAGUGUUUCCUCGAGUUGGCCGUAUUGUAUCGGCCACAGAAACCUGUACCAGAUACUCCAGCUCACUAGAUUUUUUCUCCAUAUUUAGAAUUUCAAUAGUCCCAGAAAAAAGUCAUGAAAUAUGGGUUGCAUGGUUGAUAUUUUACUUUGGUUGGCCGGAAGAAAUUGUGCGGUUUUGAUAUAUUUUGAUUAUGAAUAUUUCGUUUUUUUUUUUCCGGUUCAUGGUUAAUAUUUCGAAUGAGUUGAUAUAUUGUUGUAUACUUAUUCGUGUAAAAUAUACAGGGUUUCAAAAAGCCAUGAAAUAUGGGUUGUAUGGUUGGCAUUUUACUUUGGUUUGCCGGGAAAAAUUUGUGCGGUUUUGAUAAAUUUUCAUUAUAAAUAUUUUUUUUUGCGGUUCAUGAUUUAUAUUUCGAAUGAGUUGAUAUAUUGUUGUAUACUUAUUCAUGUAAAAUAUACAGGGUGUCCCAAAAUUGCUGGGACACAGAUCUACCACAUGUAAUAGAGGUCAAAAUAAAUCGACUGGACCCAAUUUAUUUAUAUACCAGAAUGUACCGUUUGUCCAUGAGAAUGUUCACAGAUCUCAAAAAAAUAUUGAAAGUUUGUCAGUUAUAUCAACAGUGAAUUGUUGAAAAAUCUACCACAUCUUUUUACGUUUAUUGAUUUUUCUAUG